ACAAAAUAUUGCCUGAGAAAAACUAAUAAAUAUAUUCUUUCCAUUUGGAAAAGGUUCCUUUAUUAUAUUGCAUCUCACAUACUGAUCUCAUAAGAAGCCAUGAAGAGCUCUUCUAUGAUUUUCCUUCUCUUUUACGUCUUUGCUUUAUUUUCAAAACUUGUUGUUUCUUCAAGAACACCUUGUACAAAACUGCCAGAUCCAGGGCCGGGGCCUUGCCUCUCUGGUAAAUGCCUGCAGUCUUCACCGGCGUCGGAGCGAUGUCCAUCGUCACUGUCAUCAGUUGAGAGAGUGGAAGACAAACAAGCUUAUAUGAUGGAGGAUUACAAGGCCAAGCUCAAUGUUCCCAUUGCAUGGUGCCCAUAUCGUUGCGAUGAGCCAAAAACAUGUUGCUGGAAACAGAACGGUGGAAUCAUAGAACGUGGUAUUUCCAUUGAUAAAACCCGUUGUUUUUGCCUUGUCUGCAGACAUAGUUGUCAAACUCUCUGAUUUUAAUGUGAUUAUUAUUUUAAGAACAAUGAAUAUCAUGCAUUUGUUAUGCUGUGCUCUUUUUUUUCUUCAAAAAAUUGGACUUUUUAUGUAUAGUUAUUGUCUGCAAAUUUUAUGUUGUUUA